AUGUAUCCAGCCAUGCAAUUGGACGGGAAACGAAGAAGCCAGCAAGUAGCGACGACAUAUUCUGUUGGCAAAGGACCCUCUGGUCGUCUCUUUUUUGUUAAAGACUUUAAUAAUAAUUUCUCAUUUUUAGUUGAUACUGGGAGUGAGAUUAGACAAAAUAAACAAAAGUUGAAUUUUGAUUUACAUGCCAAAAAACUACCAGAACUUAGUGAUGGUGAAGGGGUGAGAGUACAAAGAAUGGAUAAAUCCGAGUGGAAACUCGGUAAAGUUAUAAGAAGAUUGGAUAAGCCGGGGACUUAUUUAGUGGGACUUGAUAAUGGUGAUUUGCUGGAAAGAAACAGGAAAUACCUUAUUGAAGAUAGUGUAAGCAAAGAAGCCCCUGAACAAAAGUAUGAAUAUCAAGGAAACGCCGCUGAGGAACUAGGGGUAGAUCCAAGAGACAAAGAAAUUCUACCAGAAUCUGAGUCACGAGCUGAGACAACACGUGAACAAACUGUCAUUGGAGAAGCUCAGAAAAAUAUUCAAGGCCCAAAUCGAAAAAGGAAAGCCCGUAUUACUCAGAGGAACAUUAAGAAAUCAACAAUGGAAUAUUUGGAGGAAAAAAAUUCAUCAAAAACGACAUUGAAAGAAAAAGAAUUGGAAGUAGAGGAAAAAAGACUGCAAUUGGAAAGGGAAAAGUUAGAAUUUGAAAAGGAGAAAUUUGAAAUGGAGAAACAAGAGAGAAAAGCUCUGAUGCAGCUUUUGGAAAAACAGCAGCUUUUCCUGACUGGUUUGAUGGAGACUGUUAUUGCUAAAAACAUUACAUUCACAUAGUUUAAAAAACCCCUCUCAAUGAUACUUUAAAAAAAUUGAUUAUUACCAAUGCUCAUUAUGUACAUUGACAUACUGUUUAGGCACUUGUUUUCUUUAAUAUUGAUUUUAUGUUCUGUUAUUUCUGUUUCUUUUUUUUUUAGAAAGUUGAUAUUUAGUUUAGUAGUAGUCGGGGUAGUAUUAUUUUUGUGAUAAGAUGUUCAUGAUCUAUUUAAUGGAUUUUCGAAUGGAGUUUAUUUUCAGUUUACUGCUAGUCAUUGUUUUGCAGUGCUCAAACUUUGCAACUACAUAUUAUUUAUAGUUGCAAUGAAAUUAAAUAGGUUUCAAGCGGGUUUAUAUGAUGUAUAUUAUGUUUUCUUGUUUUUGAGGAGAAAAAAUAAAUAUUUUGUUGACAGUGUUCCAUACUUUUUAUUUAUAAGUAUAUACUUAUCUGCUAAUUUACACUUUCAGGUACACCACUUUGAAAAAAAGUAGUAGGUAUAAGGUAUACAAAAUAAUAUUAUCAUCAAUAAGAAAUAAAAAUAUAUAUUUUUUAUUAAUAAACUCAGGAAAAUUUCUAUAGCUAUAUAUUGUUUGUGGGGAUAUUAUGGCCAAUAUAAAAGAAAGACUAUUUUUUUCUGGUAAAGCUUUCAAAGUUUAUUU